AUGGUUCGCGCAAGAAGAAACUUCAAGCAUACCAACGCCCGCUCUCGUACCCGUCCGAAUACCCGCGAGCAUAUACCUGAAGCAAAGUACAGGUACCUUCUGUCGCUCCUCGAGACUCUAAUUCAUGAACUAGAUACUGUGGAGCUAGGACUUAUGAUAUCCUUUCUUCAACGACAGAAGACCGAUAAAUAA